AUGGACAAGAAGGAAAGCAAAGAUGACAAGGGCGACAGGAAACCUGCCGAGCUACCCAGACGAAAGAGCCACCAAGAUCUGCCCCGUCUGGAUACUCACCUCGACGAGCGUGACCAGGAUCCGACCGCUCGAGUUCGCCGGUCAAACAGUAGACAUGAUAGGGAGAAACCAGUUAUUGACCAGGACUCUCGGGACCGCCCCAGCGCCCGAGACGAACGAAGCGCGAGACCCGGGCCACCACGGGACGAUGAACUCCUGACGCCUGCCGUCAAGUAUUCCAACAGUGCAAGGCGGGACCGGGAAUAUCGGGCUUAUGACACUGGAAAAAGCCCAGCAUCUGCCCGAAGUCCCUCUACCAGAGGUGACCGGGUCGAUCCGAGAACUACAUCUGGCAACCGAGGAUCAUCAACUCGACUAGAUCCUGGUUAUCCCCCUAGCGCCGGAGGUCAUAAGAGAGCAUCCUCCACUGUCAGCGGACCCCCCCGUGAUGACCGAACUCGGGACAGGCCGCGGUCGAUGGUCUACCCUAUUGGAAAUUUUGAAGGCUUUGAUGACGGCGGUGCUGAUGACAUCAUGUCGUUCAUGGCGCCCGGCAUCAACUUUGAUCCAUCACGGAAGAAACCCGAGACCUCACCCCAAAGAGGGCCUCAAAGUUCUCAACAUCGCAACCACCGUGCCGGGGAAGGCAUGCCAAUCCCUCAAGCUUAUGUUGCACGCCAUGGCCGUUCCAACACUCGCGAGAGGAAUGACUAUUCUAGUGAUGAUAACCACCGUGGACGUCGGCAACCCCGGGGAGGACGGCCAUAUCCAACACAUCCGUCGAUGGAGCCGGAGUAUCCUCCAGAGAUGGUUUCACCUGAGCAAGCCAGAGCACCGAAGCCAAGGACCGGCUCGCCCUUGCCUUUCCCCACUGAUGAUUCACCAGACCCUAGUCCACAACACGCAACUUUCCCAAGACACACCCGAGGCAGGUCGGAUUACCGCUCAAACUCGCCCUCGCCGCCCAGACGGAGAGGUACGGGGCAUGGCCGAGAUGCCAGCAUGAGCACCUCUUCCCAGCCCGGAUCGAUGGCAGGCUCUCUUGGAAGGACCAACGGGUUGGACAGCAGAAGACCGCAGGCCAAGAACCCAGCAAUCGGCAUUCUGCGACAAGAAUCGUCUCUUGAUCCCAAAUCACCAGUGAUGUAUUGGCAAAAGGGCCGUUUUGAUCCUCUUGAUGAGACUUCCAGCCCGGCCGCCCAGGUCGUUUCCGUUCGCCGGUAUCUGGAGGACGCAGGCAAGGGGUUACUUCCUCAGUUACCAACCUGCCACUUCCAGAACCCCACCUCGCCGUACAAAGCAUCCGAAGCCGGGCAGUGGAUGACGCUCCAACGCGCAGAGAACUUUAUCAUCUGUCCCGACUGCUACAAAGAUGUCUUUGCCAAUUCUACAUACCAACAUCUGUUCUUCCCUGCCCCACCACCCCAGCAGCCUGUAUCGUGCGACUUUGGUAGUCAGUUCUGGUACCGUAUCGCCUUUAUCCUCUCGUUGAAACACAACCAUACGGACCUUCGCCUGUUGCAAGCUGCCUCCCUGGUCGCUGCUCGGCAUCAGCCCUGCGCUGGAGGUGUACGAGCCACGAGAAUCUGGUACGGCAUUCUGUCGCCCAACUCGCGACAUCCGCGCCCCAUCCCGGGGUUCGAAGUCUGCUCUUCGUGCGCCAAAACCUGCGAGGCCUUGCUGCCCAACUUGGCGGGGGUGUUUGUCCCACUGGAUAACAAUGAGCCGAUGAAGGGCACAUGUGAAAUGCAUUACUCCCCCGAUAGAAAACGGUUCAUGGAUCUGUGGGACCAUCUGGAGGGGGUGAGCGAUCAGGCUGUCAAGAUGAUGAUGGCGCCGGACUUGGUGCUGUUGGCGGACAAGGUACGGGAUACGGUUCACUAUGAGGAGUGCAAGAGGAACACACCGUUGAGAAAUAAGAAAUGGUUCAUGAUGGAGAGACUGCCGGAGAUGACGGUUUGUGGGGAGUGUUUUUGGGAGGUGGUGGUGCCGUUGCUGGAGCAGGACAGACAGGAUGGAGGGGAUGUGAAGGGGGAGAUCCCGAGGAACUUUUACAAGCACAUGCAGAGGGUGGAGGGGCUGGCGAGUUGUCAGUUGUAUAGUGAGAGGAUGAGGAAUGUGUUUAGGCUGGCGGCGGAGCGUGCGGAUUGGAGGUUUUUGGAGAAGGAGGUGUUGGAGAGGAUGAGGGCGAUUGUGGAGAUUGAAAAGAGGUACAAGGUGUUGAUGGAGAUGAAGAGGGAGGGGGCGGAUGAGGAGAUGGUGGAGGGGGAGGUGCAGGAGUUGAUUAGGAAGUUGAAGGUUGUAGAGUAG